GCACACGAAUCUGCAUAAAUUCGGACCACGUGACUCUUCUCCAUCCGCCGUUGGUUUCUCUCUGAAGGUGAAGCGACUCUUUCCUCACCACCAGCCUCCAUUCAAAUCCGUCUGAAGAUGUCCACCGUGUCGGCUGCCUGCAUGGAGCCGGCUGCUGAGGCCACUGAGCAGAAGAAGCCACUCAAAGCAUGCUGUGCUUGUCCAGAGACAAAGAAAGUCAGGGACGCUUGCAUCAUUGAGAAGGGAGAGGAAAGCUGCACGGUCCUGAUUGAGGCACACAAAGACUGCAUGCGGGCGCUUGGAUUCAAGAUCUAACUUCUCCAUUGUGUGUGUGGGUGUGUUGCUGUGAAAGAUGACCCCUGGUGUUCCCUUCUCUUCCUCUUAUUUAUACCGCGACUAGCAGGGAAAUGUGAGGAAGCACUUCGACUCUCAUGGGAUGACUGUCCUUUUCUGUGAAAUAGUUAUUUUUUAAAGUCUGCAGAAUAUCUGAGAUGUUUGUCUGUUGAAUAAAAGUCCUAUGCAAGACCA